AUGUCUUCUCCUGUUGCUGUCAUGCCAGUUGAAAUUAAAGUUCCUCAUGUCUUUACCGGUGAGCGUAAAGAUAUUAUCAAGUUGCAUAGUUUUUUGCAAUCCCUCGAAGUGCAGUUUGUCGUAAAACGUAUUACGAACGAUUAUGAACGUAUCUGUCAUUUGGCUGCUAAUUUAUAUGGUCCGGCCUUAGACUGGUUCAUGACCUUCUCUGGCAAUCACGAUGUGUCCGAAAUGGCCUUUGACACCUUCAAAGAGACUUUUAAACAAGCCUUCCAAGGUAAGUUUGACUCCUAUAAUGUUAUUCAGAAGCUUUCCUCGUUAACGCAAAAAGACAAGAUCGAAGCCUACGUUUCAACCUUUGACCGUUACCGCAAACUUCUACCACCACGUUCCUUGAGUGAUGAUGUUUUAAUCAAUCUUUUCAUUAAAGGGUUAAAACUCGCAAAGACUUACGUUUAA